AUGUCGAGCGAGGGGACGAGGGUGAAGAUAAUUGAGACCCAGUUCGUGGAAACGGACGCCACCCACUUCAAAUCCAUCGUCCAGAGCCUCACCGGGAAGGACUCGACGGUGGGGACGAAGGCAUCUGAGGACAACAGCGGCGGCUCUGGACAUAAGACCGGGAGGGUUCAGGAAUCCAUUAUUGGUGGAGUAGGAGGGGGACGAGAGCGAGGCAACAAUCCAGCACGGGUGCAACAGGGGGAGCUCAUGGGACCGCCAACCUUGGACGAGCUGCGUAAGUUGUUGGGGGAUUAG